AUGGCAGGUUGCUGCCCCCCAGAUUCCUGGCCAGCUUGCCAGAAGCCGGAUGACUACAAGCCCAAGGGCACAGAGACAAAGAUAGGCGAGCUGCCAGUGUACAGCGUGGGCACCGGAGACAAGGCCAUCUUGGUACUGCCCGACAUCUUCGGCUGGUCGUCCAACCAGGGUAGGCUUAUGGGCAUCGCAGACACCCUCGCCGAUCAGGGGUACCGAGUGCUGCUUUCAGACCCAUUCUACGGAGACUCUGCCGUGGGGAAGGAGGAUAUCAUGGGCUGGAUUACACAGUUUCCUUUUGAAAAGAAAAUUGGUGCCGACAUCGAGGCAUGUGUAAAGCACCUACAAGAUCAGGGCUGCAGCAGUGUGGGUGCAGUUGGCUUUUGCUGGGGCGUCUGGGCAUUUUGCAAGUCUGCCUCCAUGGGCGUGCCUCUGAAGUGUGGUGUCGGACCUCAUCCCAGCACACGACUGGAAGGGGCAUUCGGCGGAGAUGAACAGGCAAUGAUGGACAAGGUCAACAUGCCAGUGCUCAUCAUGCCAGCUGGCAACGACCCGGAAAACCUCAAGGAGGGCGGCGCGAUCGCCGAGUCCCUGGCCAAGAAGGGUGGAAAGUCCGUGACAUUCCCGGACAUGCAGCACGGCUGGUGCUGCCGUGGGGACCUCGGUCAAGCGGAGGUGAAGCGGGAUGUGGAGGCAGCGAUGAAGCACAUGGUAGACUUCUUCAAGUCCAACCUCUGCUGGCACUGCAAGGACUGCUUCCAGCCCUGGAAAGACCUGGUGGUGCCUCCCCUGACACCUCUCACCGGUGCUCGCAGCCUGAUGGCUAAGUCCAAGCCCUUCUUUCAGCGCAAGUUCCUCAUGACUUGGAGGGGCCAACAUGCGGAGUCCGGCCUUCCAGAGGUGCGCAAGGCCUAUUUGGUCACCAACGAGACGGUGCGCACCGCACUGAUCCACAACUUAAGUCAUCUCCCGCGUGUGUCUAUUGGCUCCCCUGUAUCCGGCUACGCGGACCUCAUGGGCAACUCCAAGUUCUGCUUAUGCCCCAAAGGAGCCAGCUCUUACACUUCGCGCCUCUUCGAGGCACUCUUUGCCGGCUGCAUUCCAGUCAUCCUUUCAGACCACUUGCGUCUACCCUUCGACCACGUCGUGAACUGGUCCGAAUUCAGUAUUCAUUGGCCCAUGGAAGAGGCGGACCUCAGCCUCUAUCGGUAUCUCCAAGGGCGGCUGGAGCACGAUGCUGCCGGGAUCAUGAACCUGCAGCGCCGAGGGGGGGAGUUGCGCUGCUGGUUCGAUUACUUCUCGCAAGAGGAGGUGGGAGGGAGCGGAAGACCGGAAUCAUCCGGAAUCAAUGGGCUGCCGGCUGCCGUUCGAUUUUUUGAGGACCCACAAAAGUGCUCUCCGUAUGCUGCGCUGCUGCGCGGCCUGGGCCAGCGGGUUGCCGGGCUGACUUUUUGCAUGCUGACGGCUUCCGCGCGUGGCCACUGCCUUGCAGCCUCAGGUGGCAAGCAUGCCGCGGCCUCGCCUGGCAGUGAGAAGCGAGCAGACAGCGAGCAACGAAGAGAGAAAGGGAACUACUGCAGGGACGCACCUUCCCAAAGCUGCCGAAGCAUCCUUUCAGAUCGAGUGGUCAGGAGAGCUCCAAAGCGAGACUCAUGCCCUCGACCAGCGACGCAGCAGGCCUUGGAGGGUUGA